AUGGCGAAAAGACAUAAGCAUUAUGAAAGUAGAGGAUCAAGGCGCGGUAGAGGUCGUGAUCGCGGUCGGCAUCGUAGGCCAGCUGGGAAACGUGCUGAGAAUAAUGGAAGAAAUGAUGAUAGAAGAGGUAUGCUACUAGUAGGAGGAGGGGACCUAAUGAAUCCCAAUUUAAUAGAAGACUACUACUUUGGUAAUGGAUCAACUAAGUCCCUUUGGAAGAAGGAUUCUAUGCGGAUGGGAGGUUUGAGGCGUGGAAUGUAUGGCGCUGGCAAUAAGGAUGAUAAUAAUAAUUUGGGGCCUGCAAGAAAGAAUCCUAUUAGUUUUAUAAAGGCUAAAGAAACUUAUGAUCCUUCUCAGAACAUGAUACAGCUGCUUGGGCGGAAGGAUACCUCGUCUGCUGAAACGGUACCAGAAAUGAGCGACUCAAGUGAAGAGAUUGACAACAUAGAAAGCGAAGACGAAGAUGAAGAAGAUGAAGAAGAUGAAGAAGAAACUGAAGUUAUACACAAAAUAGACAAUGAAGAAACAGAUAUUGCUCUGCCGUCUGAAACUGCUAGAUAUAAACUCUCGGAAAUUACCGACGAGAUGCUUUACUUCGUCGAUGAAGAAGGUGACGAAUUGGAACAGGUAAAAGAGGUUAGAGUAAAGGAAACACGGCCAAGUACUAAAGGAGUGGAUUUUAAUCCGAUAUUAACUGUUGGGAAAACUGAAAUCCAUUUGAAUGACUCCGAUAAUGGAACGGUUUACGUAGAAAAUCCCGAAAGGCAUAAAGCGUACCAAAAGUACAUUCAAAACGUCAUGCAUAGGAUCGAAAACGGGAAUGAUGAUUCCGAUGAUGAAUCUGGAACUCAGGGCUCUGACCUCAGCUCUAUACUGAACUAUGAUGUUGACGGAAGCUUUGAAGGAUUUUUUGACGACGAGGAGAGUUUACGACCACAGUCGCUUUCAAACAAUAUCGGGAAUCUUUCGCUAGCAGAGUUGGCUUCGGAGAGUGGGAGCGAUUUGGAAAGUGAUAACGAAAGCUCUGAGUCUGGGGAUCCCAAGUUUGGCUUUUUGGAAGAAGACUAUCUCGUGGAUACUUCUCAAAUAAAAGUGUCUAACAUUAGGCUUGGUGCAACCGAAAACAGCUACUAUGUGUCUUGCUUGCCAUUCUUUGGAAAUGAUGAUUACACUUGGAUUAGUCAUGAUCUAAUGCUUGAAGUCAUUGAUGAAAUAGGUCUUGCUGAACAUCGGAUAGAAGCGUACCUUCGAUACAUUAAGAACGGUUUAAUUCCAAAAGAAGAGAAAAAGGAAGACUUGGGAGAAGGUCUCGAUGAUCUCGUCGCUUAUAGUUUGAAAUAUGAAUCUUCGAGAAACCAGGACUUUGAAAACAAAUCUUUACAGUAUACAGGUCGCGGGAAGAAGAAGCAAGUGAUUAUCGAUGACGAUCUGGAACUCGACGAGAGCAUGAAGGAAAUGAUAGAAGAAAAGGUCACCGUCAGAGCUGCUAAUAAGGCAGACAAGAGGAACUUCAAAGAAAAAUACAUCAACGAAGAGAACCAAAACUCUACUGAUCUUUUCAAGAAGUACCCAUACGGUUUUCAUAUCGAAAAUAUCGUAGACGAAUUCCAAAACUUUCUAUAUAGCACAAGGUCUACCAUGGAAUUCCCGCCUCUUGAUCCCCAUGGUAGGCGUACACUACAAAACUUAGCCACAGGAUUCGAGCUGAAGUCCAAGCAAGUAGGCCAAGGUAACAAAGUGCACAUUCUCAUCCAGAAAAGGUCGCGCUCUAAACCAAACUAUGAUUAUAUUAACAAAAUUCGAAGACAGCGGAGAGUAUUCAUGAGAGUAGAUACAAAAGCUGCUCGACUAGAGAACGAAAAAUACACUAUGGGAAACAUAGCAGUUGCCAAGGGCAAAUUCCAUGUUAAAGAGGGAGAAGUUGUCGGUGAAGAUGCUCCAGAAAUUGCACACGACAACGUAGGAAGAAGAUUACUAGAAAAGCUCGGUUGGAUUAGAGGAGAAGGCUUAGGUGUGUUGGGUAAUAAAGGUAUCAGUGAGCCGUUGAUGGCUAAAGUUAAGAAUUCCAGGUCAGGACUUCGUCAUUCGGAGUCUUAG